UCUCUCUCUCUCUCUCUCCUCCUCUCUCUCUCUCUCUCUCUCUAUCUCUUUUGGUGAGCCCAAUAAGCCCCACCACAAGGCAACCCCACAGCAAUGGACCCGGACCCCUUCUCGGUAACACUCUUUAAAUGGGACCACCACCACCACCGCCCCGCCCCACCUCCUAACCGCCUCCUCCUCCAAGAAGCCACGGCAACGGUGACGCCGCCUCCCCCUCAAACCCCCGCCUCUUUCUGUCGCCCGAAAGAGCUAGGAGGCUUAGAAGACCUCUUUCAACAAUACGGGGUUCGAUAUUUCACAGUAGCUAAAAUGGUGGAGAUGGGUUUCACAGUGAAUACGUUGGUGAAUAUGAGAGAGGAAGAGAUUGAUGAAAUGAUGGGGAGUCUGGGUGAGAUUUUCAGGUGGGAGCUUUUGAUGGGAGAGAGAUAUGGGAUUAAGUCGGCGAUAAGGGCGGAGCGGCGGAGAUUGGAGGAGGAGGAGGCGAGGCAAAGGCAGCAGCACCACCAACAUCAUCAACUUUUGGUGGUGGGUGGAGGAGGAGGAGAAGUAAAUCAUCACUUGGAUGCCUUGUCUCAAGAAGGCCUAUCCGAGGAGCCGGUUCAGGAGGAGAAAGAGGCAGCAGGAAGUGGAGGUGGCGGGCAGUGGGAAGCAUCGGAGGGAAAGAAGCACAGGAGGCGGCGGGCAACUAAGGGCAACGUCGGAGGAGAUGCGGAGGAGGGGAGUAGCGGAGGGGAGAGACAGAGGGAGCACCCAUUUAUAGUUACCGAGCCUGGAGAGGUGGCGAGGGGUAAGAAGAAUGGCCUCGACUACCUCUUCCACCUCUAUGACGAGUGCCGCAACUUCUUGAUCCAGGUCCAAGCCUUGGCCAAGGAGCGGGGCGAGAAAUGCCCCAAUAAGGUUACAAACCAGGUGUUCCGGCACGCGAAGCGAGCGGGCGCAAGCCACAUAAACAAGCCAAAGAUGCGUCACUAUGUGCACUGCUAUGCUCUCCACUGCCUCGAUGAGGAAGCCUCCAAUGCCCUACGCCGAGCCUUCAAGGAGCGUGGUGAGAAUGUUGGGGCCUGGCGGCAGGCCUGCUACCAUCCCUUGGUGGCCAUGUCCCGCCACCAUCAUGCAUGGGAUGUCGAUGCCCUCUUUGCAUCUCACCCCAGCCUUGCAAUUUGGUAUGUCCCCACGAAACUCCGCCAGCUCUGCCAUGCUGACCGCCACUCUGUUACGAACACUGAUGGCGAGGCUCAUGUUGGUGCUGCUACUACUGCCCAUAGCCACCUCCACCACCACUCUAUUGCCAAUUGUUGAGCCCCCAUUAUUUGCCGCCUUUGUGGUAUCACUACUUGAAAGCGAUGUUGCAGAAUCUCACUGUUGUCCGAAAAUUUCAAAGAUGAAUACCCCAUAAUCUGAAAUUGUCACCUCAACCUCUUCUCACUUCCACCAUUUCUCCAAGUAUGAAACCUCUACCUCGCUCUCGUAGCACUGCUACCUGUUUCCAUAUUCUGAAUAUUCCUUUUCUCGUCUUUUAUCUCUUUUCCUGCUACCUCACUCCACUUCCGGAAAGCUAAGAUGGUGCUACCUCUUUCGAUUGCCUGAAAACUAGGAUGCAUCCAUUGUUACUUCAUUGCGCCUGUAGUCACUUAGCUGCCGAAUGAAUAUUAUGUGCUGCUGAUGUUGGAUCACGCCAUUGCUUCUGUAUCUAUUUGCAACCCGUGUACCCUUUUAUGUCGUGACUUUCAAUCUCCAGUGCCUCUUCUCUUCGCCUGCAUCUGACUCUCUCUCUCUCUCUCUCUCACAGAGAGAACUGUGUGUUCAGAUUACACAUGUGCUGACUUGAUCUAGUGUAUUUGCAACCAGCUUGGGGCUGUAAACUUGGGCCUUUCCUUUGUUUCUUCAUUUUCUUCUUUUAGGAGAGAUUUGCAUGUUCAGAAUUGGAACCUGUGGCUAUGGUAGGAUGAUCAGCUCGUGUUAGAUCAGUGGUUCGACUUAAACGGGAUGUUUUUUUUCCAGGA